AUGGCGGCGAAGAAAGAGAAGGUUGUGGUCGAAAAGGCGCCGGUGGAACCGGGGUACGAGAUGAGCAAGGAAAACAUCGCCAAGCUCGCGGUGUACAUCCUUUGUCUCUGGACGUUCUUCUCGGGGAUUUACGCGGCGUUGAUUUUCAUCACGACCGGUAUGCGACACGCGCCGUACCGUCACUUGCCGCCGAAAUACUUGGGUAUGUUCCGUUACGUCGGGAACGACGCCUCGAAGACGGCGCCGACGACUUUGCCGGCGCUCUUGCCGUGGGUGAAGGCGGCGAUGUCUGGGUGCAGCUCGUUCGUCAACACGUGCGUGCCGACGAGUACGAGCACUACGAACAACCCGAUCGGGUUUCCCGAGUCUGGGUGCGCCACCCUUUGCAUGAACGCGUAA